CUAGCUCGUUAGAUACAUGUAUGCGCUACAUCAUUUACAGUGAUUGCCUUACUUGACGGUGCUUCUGCUGGUGUUUUUUCUGCUGGCGGAGGUGGACUCUCGUCUUACUUGCUAUGACAGGAUGCUGGCAUAGUUGAAAGUAUGACAAGUCGAACAAACGGGGCCCUGUUUGGGCUACCGGACCGUUUCGUAGCAGUUGAAAUUGAAACUGAGGCUACGCCGGCUUUUGACGCCGCGCAAUACUCUUUCUUCGGGGACCUUUCCGCCGCUGACACCGGACUUGAGGGCGCUCUUGAGGACGGACUUGAGGGCCCGCCGGCUGAGGAGGGCAUUUCCAGCCAGGAUUACGGCUUACAUGGUGCAGAGGAGGAUGCAGUGGCGCUGGGAGAGGAAGAGGAUCUUUCGGUCGCUUCCAUAUUCCGCAGCCAGCUCAGGCUGGGAGCGGAGAAGACUAAGUCCGUGCGGGUAGACCAGGACGAGGAUGCCGCCUUGGACGCGCUUUUGACCGACCCCCUGUCGGUAGCGCGAAAGCAGCUCCAAGACGACUACUAUGACCAAAACAACCUGCCAGCGGAGCUGUACUCUCCUUCCGGACCCGACACGCGGCAGGCUGCAGGCAGCCAGUCGCUGUUCGGACCCUCCUCGGACGCCACCUACGGCUCCUUUGACGGCUACAACCCAGCUACUCAAGCAGCAGAGCAACACGGCAACGGCGACAGCGCGGUCUCCGCGUCACAGUCACAGCAGCAGCAGCUGGCUGGGGAAGGCCCUGCUGCGGGCCCGCCGGCUGGGACCUCGCUGCUGCAUAUGCUGAAGAAGCCGCAGCCGCCCCCGCAGCCCGCAAAGGCGAUGACCCUGGAGGAGCUGGAGGCUCGCAUGCUCAGCAGCGCAGCAGCAGCGCACUCCCCGGAACCCACUCCGCCUGCAGGAGGCCUGCAGGCAGGAGGACCUCCGCCCAUGCCACCGCCGCAGCACCUGCAGGGCAUGUAUCACCACAUGCCGCUACUGCCAGGGCAGCCGGUGCCUCCAGGCGACAACGCUAUGAGGCUCAUGCCGCCGCCGCCUCCGGGGAUGGGCCCGCCGCCCGGCUACCAUCCCAGCAUGAACGCCCUGUCAGCGCCGCCUGGCAUGCACCCACACGGGUCCAUGCCGCCGCCUCGACACGUGCCACCGCCGCAGCACCCCCACAUGCAGCAUCACGGACUCCCCGGGGUUCAUGGUCCCAUGCCGCCGCCACACAUGAUGAUGGGCCCGCCGCCCCCAGGCUCCCCUGGUGCCGCUGGCAUGUACCCGCCUCCUCCUCCCGGCGGCCACAUGCUGCCCGGCGUGAUGAUGCACCCCGCCGCGCACAACGGCAUGCCGCAGCACCCCCACCAUCAGGGCAUGCCGCCGGGGCCACCACCCGGGGCCAUGAUGCCGCCGCCGUACGGUCCCGGAGGCUUCAUGCCCCGCCCCAUGCAGUACGGCCCGCCGCCGUCGGGUAUGGCUGGACCCCCGCCUUCCAUGCAUGAUGGUUACCAGAUGCGGCCCAUGUCAGGGCCCCCGGGUGCUCCCGGACCCAUGAUGGGCCAGAUUCCUGCCCGCCCGACUGGCCCCUACGGCCCCGCUCCUGGCCCGGCGAACUCUGCAGCACCCGGCCCGCAGCGACCACCUGCCACGACAGCAGCGACGCUGCCGCCACCGCCCAACACGUCCACUGGAAGCGCGGGUCAGCGGCCUGCCCCUGUGCUGGGCCCGGGUGCUGCCGGGCAGCAGCGCCCUGCUCCCCAGGCGCGGAGUGGAGGGGACCUUGGACAGCAGUUCGCUCGCGGAAGCUCGGGUCCCGCAAGCGGCUCCGCGGCCGCCGGUGGAGGUGCCCCGGCAGCCCUCGCAGCCGCCGCGGGAGCCGCAGGUCGCGCGGGCGGUGCCACCAGCGGCCCGGGCGGGCGCCUGGGUGGCAAGUGGAUGCGUCCCGAGGACGUCGAGUACGUCGUACGUAGCAUGCUGUACAGUGUCGCCAAUGGUGUGCCGUACGUGGAGGACUACUACUUCCAGGCCUUUGUGCACAAGUACGUGUCGCGGCCCUCGCGCCAGCAGCUCUCCCCCGGUGCGUUCCCCAUGGCUGCGCCCUUUGUUCCCGAGGCGCUGCGGGACCUGUCGGAGGAGCAGAUGCACAUGAUGCGGCUGGACCCCAGCGCGCGCGUCAAGUUUGUGGAGGGCAUCCAGGGGCUGGGCAAGAUUGUGCUGUCCAACAUCCGCACGCCCAAGGUCCUGAUGGACCUCUCAGACCAGGGCACGUCAGGCGGGGCCGCCAAGCAGCGUGCGGCUGGGGAGGAAGGUGCUACCGGCGCGUCCAAGUCGGGAGCCGACGAGUCCGGCCGCGCUGCUCGCCCGCUGGAGCAGGAGCCGCUGCUGGCCGCCCGCAUCAUGAUCGAGGACUGCAUGAACCUGCUGCUGGACAUGGACGACAUCGACCGCCUCGCAACACACAUGGCCGCAAUGGCGCAGGCGCACCAGCGCGCAGCAGCUGUCGCGGCGGCGAUGCCGGUGCCAGGUGGAGCCGCCGCUGCUGCGGCAGGCGCCGCGGCGGCGGCUAACGCGGCAGGCGGUGCGCCUGUCGCGCCGUACGGACCUUCCUCGGCUGCUCCGCCGCCUCCCUCGCAGCUGCGUCAGCGGCGGGAGCUGCUGCUGGUGGGCAUCAACGGGGCAUUCCGGCUGCCCGGAGCGCCAAAGGGCUCUGCGGCUGCAGGCAGCACAGCUGGUAUGGAGCACGUAGCGCUGGGCGAUGGAGUGCUGCUGCGCAUCCUGGCGCUCAGCAAGGGCCGCAGCGUGGUGGCACGAGCCCUGAUGGCCAUUGCGCCGCCAGCCAGCCUGGCAACCAAGACGACAGCCCAGGCAGCCCAACAACAACAGCGACCCGCGUCCCAGGGGGCUGCCGGCAAGAGUCACGCGGACGGGUCUGCCGCCCCUUCCAGCCAGGACGUGCAGCAAGGGAGCGAUGCAGCUGCUGGCCUGCUGGGUGCAGACACGCCCAGCCCUUACGUGUUGCUCUGGGCAACACUCCGCAACGCCUGGUCGUUGUUUGGCAGCAGUCUGCAGGGCGUGGAUGCGGCCACGGAGCGGCCCAUGCUGGAGGCCACUGCGAGGCUGGCGGCUGCCAUGCGAGACGCGCUGCUGCGGCUGCCCACGGCGCGUGACGUGGUGGAUGCGGCGGCGGCAUUCAACGCGGGCUGCCUGCAGCAUGCCGAGGCGCUGAUCCAGGGGGGCAACGCAGCGGCCGCGAGCUCCAUGGAAGCGACGUUGCUGCCGCUGGCGCAGACGAGGGCGCUGGAGGCGCCGGCGGCGGGCACCCUGACGCCUGCGCACUCUGCAUGGCUGGGCGAGGCCCUGGCGGCGCUGGUGACCCGCGCCUCUCAGCUGGGUCUGUCUGCUGCACCGGCGGGUGGUGAGGAUGUGGACGCUCUCCUCGGUAAUGACCGAGGAGCCAAGCCAGGGAAGGAGCCAGCGGCAACGGAGAAGGAGGCCGCGGAGCAGCUGCGCGAGGCGGUGGACGCGGAGUGGGGCCGGGAGUUUGGUGAGCUGCAUGAGCGGCUGUCAAGGCACCUGGCCACGCUAGGGAGCAUCCACUCCAUGGCGCAGGCCAGCGGCAAUGCGGAGGCGCUGGCGGUGGUGCGCGCGCUGAGCUGCCGGCAGCUGGUCAACGCAAUGCUGCCGCACGUGGCUCCCGAGCAGCUGCUGCAGCUCAGGGGGGCGAUGCAGGCAUUCACUGCGUAGUGCGAUGCUGCGUGCCUGGCUGCAGCCCCCCUUGCCGUGUGCUUUGGGGUGUAGGAAAGCUAGAUGUGGUAGGGGAGGUAGGCGGUUCUGUGGGUCGGCGUAGUUUUCGGUUGGCAUUGCCCCAGAGGCCACUUGGACCUCCAUCUUGGACAAUAGAAGCUACCACCAGUAGUCUUUGACAUGGACGUUUCUGCUUUCGACCCUGUGGGUUAGUGGGUACGACCUGGAUUCCAGCUUGUGUACAUCUGCUUUUGUGUUUUAAAGGGGUGGUCCAAAACGGCAUGUUCAUUGUACGGUUUUCAAAGGAAAGAACAAAUAGGUGUGGUUACUGCCUGUGCCAUGCCUUUUACUUUUAUAGGCUCACGCACCUGGUCUGUUUAAGGGCCCUUCAACAGCUUUUACGGUUUUAGAUUUUGGCUGCCUGGACUUCCAUCGCCCGCUAUGGUGCCAUCUCAUAUUUUCUGCCGUCCGAAAACGUGUGGCCUGUGCUUUCUGCUGUCUUCAAGGUCGUGUCCCUCAUGUGGUGUGACGGCUUGAUUUCCCUCGGCGAAUCAAGUCGGAGCGGUAUCUGUGCUUGUGUGUUUGUGCGCUGUCGACGUGCUCUACUUUUUUCUCUGAGCCGCGAAAGUCAUUGUUGAUGUCCGAUGGUCAUCGCCGCCCUUCUGGUAGUCCGUGCGGUAUUUGAAGGCAACAUGAGUCAAGCUCUUUUACUUCCUGCGGACAAGGCUGGUUUGCAUUUGCGGUUUGUCGGAUUGCCCUCCUAACAACUGUGUUGUUGAGUUGACCAGUUAAAGGUUACAAUGUGGCCCAUUCAUUCUUGAAGGACGAGGCCAUCUUGCAGCCAAUUGUAGCUAUGGUGUUGAUUGGAUGGUGUCGGCGAACCUGUACGUAAGAGCGUAGGCGGGGACUCAUCCCAGCUUCCCAACCAGUCUAUGGAGUGGUGCUUGGGCUUCUGAAUGGCAAGGCUGCAGCCUCUGUCCAGCCCGUAGGGGUUAAUCGUGUUUGGUGGCCUAAUAUGGCCUUCCUGCCUUCCUGUAAUUACAGUUUGUC